CUGCAGGGGGAGGGGGGGUUUGCUUGUUUCGUUGGCGACUGCGCUGCUAUGGCGCUCGCGCAGCAGGCCGCGCGUGUCUGCUUUGUUUUGAAGCGUGCAAGCGGCAGCUGAGAGCUCCGAGGCGUCGUUGACUCCAUGUGAAAGCGGCGAUCGGGAAAGCCCCGCCCCGGUCGGCCCGUCGGCCCGUCAUGGAGGUGGGCGGCCUCCCCGUGGAGCUGUGGAGGGUCAUCUUAGCCUACCUGCCCCUGGCCGACCUGGGCCGUUGCUGCCAGGUGUGCCGAGCCUGGAGGGAGCUGGUCCUCUCCCUGGAUAAGACCCGCUGGAGGCAGCUGUGCCUCGGCUGCCCCGAGCGCCGACACCCCAACUGGCCCGGCCGGCCUCACCUGGAGCCCCCCUCGUGGAGGGAGGCCCUGAAGCAGCACGCCCUGGCCACCCGCACCUGGGCUCAAAACGGACCCGAACGCCAGUCCGCCGCCUGCCUGCUUUUAUUCAGGCGGCGGAAAGACCGCCGGGUUUGGCACGUGGGCGCCGGCUUUGACUUCGAGACCCUGCGAGGCGCUCUGGGAGCGGCGGGGCCUUACGACCGACUGCUUCUCCAUCCGGGGGUGUACGAGGAGCAGGCCGAGGUGGCCCUCAAGGUGCCCGUGGAGCUGGUGGGACUGGGCGGCCUGGGCGAGGUGGCCCUCUUGGUGUGCGUGGAGCAGCAGUGCCCCACUGCCAGGCUGUGUAAUCUGGUUUUCAUGCCACCCUGGUUCUCCACCGUGGUGUACAAGACGUCAUGGGGUCACGUCCAACUGGACAACUGCAACUUUGAGGGGGCUCAGCUGCAGGUCCGCGGGCCCGGGACCUGCCAGGCACGUUUUUGCUCUUUCUCCAAGGGCAGCUCGGUCCACCUGCUGAGCGUGGCCCUCAGCCUGCUGGACAACUGCGACUUCUCCGGGAGCGACGCGGCCUCCGUCACCGUGGAAGGUUCGCCGGUGUCGGAAAAGAACUGGGCUUGUAAAUACAUGGCCGCCCUGGCCCGGACGUUCUCGCCGUGCGGGAGCAAUAACGGCAGCCCCCGCAGGGACAACUCCACGGCCGGUUCUUGCUCCGACGCCGCCGUUGAAAAAGAGCGCACGAGUACGGGGGACUGGCAGCGGGAAAACGGACUGGGAGCGGCCGAGCAGGGCACGGUGAUCGACGACGGCUGGAGCGACGCUGACGACGAUGGGAGCCGAGAGGGAGGAAUGAGCCAAAGGGAAUUUGCACUGGAUUAUAAAAUCCCAUGCGACAACCACGGACUGUCCCACUUACUGAAGCCCUGCGCACGUGACUCCUCCCCAAAUCCCCCAAGCGUGACUCCGCAACUCCUCACCCUUCAGCAGGAGCUGGAACGAGACCCCGACGCGCAGACGUUCGCGUCGUCCGCCCUCGGCUGCCUCGUCCGCCGUUGUCUCUUCAGGGAGGGCAAAGGCGGAGUCCACGUAUCCAAUUACGGACAAGCGCGACUGGAGGGCAACAUUUUCCGACGUCUCAACUAUGCCGUCAGAUGCAUCCAGAACUCCGUACUGGUGAUGCUGCGGAACGAGGUGUGCGAGUGCCGAGCGUCGGGCGUCUUCCUGCGGCUUUCGGCUCACGGCCUCAUCGCCGAAAAUGACAUCCACUCCAAUGGCGAAGCGGGCCUGGACAUCCGGAAAGGAGCCGACCCCAUCGUCGUGUGUAACAGUAUCCACAGCGGCUUGCGCUCCGGGAUUGUCGUGCUCGGCAACGGGAAGGGCUCCCUCCGAAGCAACCGGAUCUACAACAACAGGGAAGCGGGCGUCUACAUCCUCUUCAGCGGCAACCCCGUGGUCUGUGGAAACCACAUCUUCCAGGGGCAAGCAGCUGGGAUUGCUGUCAACGAGAACGGCAGAGGGAUUAUAACGGAAAAUGUCAUCAAGGACAACCAGUGGGGAGGUGUGGACAUCCGCAGAGGAGGAGACCCGAUCCUGAGGCAUAACUUCAUCUGUCACGGAAACUCUGACGGCAUUGUGGUGGGCGAGCGAGGCCGGGGGCUCAUCGAGGGGAACCACGUCUACUGCAACAAAGGUUGCGGCGUCUGGGUGAUGUCGUCCAGCCUCCCGCAGCUCCUCGGGAACUACGUCACCCACAACUGCAUGUACGGCCUGGCCGUGUUCUGCAGGAAGGACCCGGAGGACGUCAAGGCCAGGGACGGGAACUGGCCGGCCCGCGACGCCGACGCGGAGGAAGAUGGCAGGGAAGGGCGGGAAAACCUCCACGAGGAGGGGGAAAUGUUCGCCUGGGAGAGCGACCUGGACAGCGAGGACGAGCGCCACUCGGCUCGGCGCUCCGUCAGCGUGGCGCUGGUGGAGGGCAACUGCGUCAGCUUCAAUGGCGCCGUCGGUCUGUACGUUAAAACCAGCGAGCCGCUCAACGUUUACGCCAACCUCGUCGAGCGCAACGGGGGCGCCGGCGUGGCCGUGCUGCAGAGCGGCCAGCUGACGCGCUUGGUGGCCAACUGCGUUCUCGCCAACGUGGGGGGGGGCGUCACGGUGGAGAAGGACGCCCGCGCCGAGCUGCGCUGCAACGGGAUUUACGAAAACGGCGAGCGCGGCGUCGACUUCGCCGGCACCGGGCAGGUGGUGGAGAACGACGUGGUCGGAAACUGCGGCCACGGCAUCCAAGUGUCCGGAAGCGGCGACGUCAAGUUGCUGCGCAACCGGGUCCAACCGGCGCUGGGCUGCGCCAUCGCCGUCGUGGGCCCGGCGAAAGCGCUGCUCACCGACAACCGGCUGUUCCAGGGCCACCCGCGGAGCAAAAAAAACCUCUUGCACUUGGACCCGGCCAACGAGAGCUGCGUGUUGCGCAACAACACCAUUUCCAGACAUAAUAGCAGUUGCGCAUCCGUCCCUCCUUGGAUUCUGGAAAACCCUCCCCCCCGUCCGCCGGCCAGCUCGCCUUCGGGCCUCUCCUCCUCGCGACUGGGAAUCUCCAUGACGACCAGGAUCAGCGCCACCGUGGAGAGCGGUUGCCACAGCGGCAGCGUCUUCUGCUCCAUCCUGUGAUCAAGCUGCAAAGCGCGCGAAAACAAACGUCAUCGUCAAUGGAGGAUUUUGCCACGUUUUUGACUAUCGACGUCAUCGCCGCCUUCCCAACUUGUGCUCGGUCGUCGUCUUCGGGAUCGUUUCUCAUUCAUUUCCGGCGUGGAAUCGUCACAUCGGGGGAGGCCCGACGUCGAACCGAAUACUCGCGGUGCCACUGAAAAAGCCGCAAACUUGCUGAUGAUUACAGUCGGAACUUAUGCCAGCUUUUGUGACCUACAAAAAAAAAAAAAAAAAAAACUGACAAUUGGCAACGACCAUGGAGAAAUGUAAAAGUUACUCGUGUCGAGUAUUAAAAGUGAAUUUUAUCUGCGUGAUAUCAAAUUACCGUUAUCCAGGUAGUAAUUAAAAACUGGCCAGCAGUCACUAAAUUUGGUUAACCUCACAAAAAAAAAAAAAAAAAAAAAUCCCUGAGGUGACCUCUGAUUGGAUCACGGCAAAGCAAGAAUCCUUUGCUCAGCAAUCUAUAAAUUAUAAUUUAAGUGACGAAGCAGUAGUUUGCGGCGUGCUUGGCUUUUGUCACGUAAUGUAUUCAAUCUUAACUCGCACUUUUGUACGGACACUGUACGUACGUUGGAUUUGGCUUCUGCUUUUUCCGCAAGUGAUCUUUGAAGUGUUUUGAAUUAUGUAUCGUCACGCUUCAUUGCUUUGUUUGCCUCCCCUGCAUUAGGUCACUACGUUGCUGAGAAGUACUGCAGUGUACUUCCUGUAUAUGAUUUCAUUUUGACGUUCAAACUCAAACGCAAAGUCAGGGUUCAGUUUUGUCCAUUUAAUCUCAAAGCCAAACAAAUGUGGCCUUCAAUGUCCUUCGAGGUAGAACUGUGCCUUGUUUGACCUUUUUUGUUACGAUAACUUUUUCUUCAUGUGAAGAAAAAGCUAAAAUCUAACUUCAGCCUGACUUCUUAAUAAACGUCGCGUCUCCUUUUCGA